AUGACCCUCUAUUCUCUCGUCAAGCAACUGUUGGUCGAAUCGCACAUCCACCGGACGUUGGUCGCGUCGGAUCGGUUACAGCAGGGUUCAUCAGGGCCGUUAGACGAUAUUCCAACGCCGCUCAUUCGUAUUGAGUACCAUUCACCACAUCCGUUCCCAGCUUAUGAUAUUGCGAUACAAGCUAUUGAUCAUUACUUCAAAGAGUUUCACGUCGCACACCCUCUUCUUAAGCGAGAGGUGCUUCAAAGCUGCCUUGAGCAGGCUCCGGACUGGACCACCCAAGAAAGAAUCAACUUGACAGCUGAGCAGAGGCACGAUAUCUUCCAGCUCUAUAUGGCCAUUGCUAUUGGCAGCAUACGACUCUUUCGAGAUAAAACAUUUGACCAGCAUCCUUUUGGUUUCUUCAGUGCCGCUUUAGAGAUGAACCCUCCUGCAGAGUCUCGUUACAAUACACUUGGGAAUAUCGAGAAUCUGAUAUUGAUUGCUCGCUUUGGUGUUUAUUACAAUAUUGGAUGCUCACUAUGGGAGCUAAGUCGUCUCUGUAUGAGGAGUUGCAUCGAGCUGGAUCUACAUAGACGACGCCCCAAAUUAUGCGGCACUGAUACCUCGCUCCUUCAACAGUGUCAAAAGGUCUUUUGGGAGGCUUAUCUCCUUGACAGGUUCUCAUCAAGAACUUUAGGUCGUCCAUUCGCAGUAGCGGACAGGCUCAUUUCCACUGAUAUCCCGAACUCGAUUCCGUCGCCCCACGAAGAAGACAUCUCGGUUUUCCAAUGGUUAAUAGGAAUUGGACGCCUUUCCUCUCAAAUCCAUUCCGCGAUGGAGGAGAGAAGACCGAAUUCCGCAUCAUUCAGUGUUGGACCAUCUGCAACCUCAACUCCCGACCUUGGUGAAGUGUUAUGUCAGUUACGCGGUUUUCACCACGAUCUAGGCAGUUGGCAUGAGUCAGCGCCAUUCUUCGAUAACCCGAGCUGCUUAUUCGAGACAAGAGAAUUCUUCGAGUUGACAUACCAGGAAGAACGACUUCGUCUGAUCCGCGCAACUAUUGAGGUUUUGGGCUCGAAAACUAUGCUACCACCUGAUGUACUUCUCGAACCCUGUCUGCAAGCCGCCCGCGCAAUCAUCUGUUCCUUCGCUGCUUUGCGGGGUUUAAAUAUGAUUACUUUUUCGAGAGCUUAUAUGCACCUUAUAUUCACCGCGGCGUUGGUUAUCGUUGUAGUGCUCGAGACGCGUAUUCAUCGACAGGAUGGGCCUAGUCACAAGACAAGGUCGUCUGGAAUAGAUGCUGAAGAGUGGCUGCGAGAUCUUGUUGAUGACCGGUGGAAUGCUGAAGCGAGAGAUAUAUGGAAUGAUCUAUCUGUAGCUGGUUCAUUGCUAUCGUGGUUCGCAGACUCUAUGCCAGAUAUGGCUGUGUAUAACCAGUUCUUCCAAAGCUUGCGCCACCACCUGGAGACGGCAGGAUCCUCUGGAGAACAACCUACGCAGCUGGUGCUGGAAAGUGCUGCGCCGGGUUAUGAAACGCAUUCAUCUCGCAAUACUCCGCCCUCCGAUACUUCAAACGCUGAGAACAAUGCUGCCUUGAAUAGAGGAAAUCAGCUGGAUAUGGGUGGCAUGAACAUCCUUGAUCUCACAAGCAUUCAGAUAGGUAAUCCGCAACUUAGUUCGCUGAGUGAGGGCGGAAUGCCAGAAGGGUGGCCACUUGCCUAUGUGUUAGGGGUGGAGGGCAUCUCAGCGGGCUUAUCGGAGUUUGUGUGGGAUACCGUGGUUCCCUGGGAAGAGUCACCGGCAAGGUCAUCAGACUUUUAG